GGUGCUGUUAGCUUUGGAUAUGGCCUUUUUCACCUUUGCAUAUCCAUGGUGCCCCCAAACCUGCUCAAAAUCAUCAACCUGCUGGGUUUUCCUGGAGACCGCCUACAGGGGCUUUCUUCACUGAUGUAUGCAAGCGAAAAUUAGCUCUUCUCUGGUAUCAUACUGUCGUCCGCCCUUUUUUUGCCUUGGAUGGCAGCGACAACAAAGCAGGUCUGGAUGAAGCUAAGGAAAUUCUUCUCAAAAAAGAAGCUGCUUAUCCAAACUCUUCCCUCUUCAUGUUUUUCAAGGGACGAAUCCAGCGAUUAGAGUGUCAAAUCAACAGUGCCUUGACUUCUUUCCACUCUGCUUUGGAACUUGCAGUAGAUCAGAGAGAAAUUCAACAUGUGUGUCUGUAUGAAAUUGGUUGGUGCAGCAUGAUCGAGCUGAACUUCAAGGAUGCGUUUGAUUCCUUUGAGAGGCUAAAAAACGAGUCCAGAUGGUCGCAGUGCUAUUACGCCUAUUUAACUGCAGUAUGUCAGGGAGCCACUGGUGAUGUGGAUGGGGCACAGAUUGUCUUUAAAGAAGUUCAGAAACUCUUCAAAAGGAAAAACAAUCAGAUUGAACAGUUCUCAGUGAAGAAGGCAGAGAGAUUUCGGAAACAAACGCCAACCAGAGUGCUCUGUGUGCUAGCAUCUAUUGAAGUGUUAUACUUGUGGAAAGCCCUUCCAAACUGUUCCUUUCCCAACCUACAGAGGAUGAGUCAAGCUUGCCAUGAAGUGGAUGAUUCAUCUGUUGUUGGAUUAAAGUAUUUACUUCUUGGUGCCAUACACAAAUGUCUAGGGAACUCAGAGGAUGCUGUUCAGUUUUUUCAGCGAGCUGUUAAAGAUGAGUUGUGUCGUCAGAAUAACUUGUAUGUUCAGCCCUAUGCUUGCUACGAACUUGGCUGUCUUCUAUUAGACAAACCAGAGACUGUAGCAAGAGGCAGAGCUCUACUUCUUCAAGCAAAGGAGGAUUUCUCUGGCUACGACUUUGAAAACAGAUUGCAUGUGCGCAUCCAUGCUGCUCUGGCCUCUCUGAGGGAAUUGGUUCCUCAGUGACAAACCAGAAGUUCCUGCUCUGUCCCUUCCCACCCAGGUUACGCACUUUACAAUAAAAGCAGAGGACAAAGCUCUUGUGAAGAUCAGCUUUUCUUCUGUAAACUACCUGUGCCAGAGACACACUUUCCAAUUAGGCUGACAUAUUAAAAACCUCUUCUUUUAAACAUAUAGCUAAAAAGUAAUAAUAUUAACAACAAUAAUAAAACCUGGUGAGAGGGUUAAGUGACCUUGUUCACAUAUUUUACUUUUGUGAUUUAUUAUUUUUAAAAUAAAAUCAAACUAAAUAUUCUACCUGUGAUCUUGUAGGAAAACUUACCUUAAGCACACAUCUGACUGGGUAACAUGAAGAGAUACCUGUAAAAUUAUUAAUAAUAUUAAGACAUAGCAUUUAUAUUGUGUUUUGGGGAAAAAAAAGUGCUUUCUAGUGUUUUACUUUAUCCUCAAAAUAUUCCUGUGAAUAAUGUAGCACAGAUAUUCUUAGCCCCAUUUUACAGAUAAUGAAACUCAGGCACAAAACCUAAUUGAUUUAUCCAAUUAAUUAUUCCUGUUAUCAGUGGAGCAAUGAAUAAGAUACAGAUUUCCUGACCACCAACUGAAUAUUCUUAUAUUGUAAAAAAUGUAUGUUAAUAACCCAGGAUCCCAUAUUUUCCUUUUUCAAAACCAAAUGCUCUUCAGCUGAAGCUGUAUUAUCAAAAAUAUUAAUCUCCAGAUUGUCUACAAAAUGUUUCAAAGUGAUGAACACUUUAUUUUUUCCAUUGAAAGCCAAGCAAAUUGAAGAAGUAGAAGAUAAUUUUACAACCAAAAGUAUAACUUUUUGCUAACCUAUUAGAAAGCCUAGUCUACAGACUAGAUAUUUAAUAACUACAUUUUAGGAGUUUCCAUUUAUCUGUGAUAAUUUGUCUAAUUUCUAACUUUUGGAAAUCUUUUACCCAGUUACGUGAAGAGGAUGUUCUUAAAUGAAGAUAAUUUUUUUUUGUCUCCAAGUAUUUGAUGGUGAAUGAUUUGCAGAGCUAUGUGUUGCCAGUAUUUAAUAAUUUUCCCCUUAGCUCAGGUUAUUACUUACUAUAAAAGGAAGUCAAAGUUAUUUUUUUAAUCCCUCAUUGCUCAUUUUUAUUGUCAUUUAAUUUACCUCCAUGCCCAGUACUGCACAUCUGUGGUUUUGAAGAUUCUAAAUACCUCAGUCACUUAGAAGAAUUUUUGCCACAAUUGUAUGACUAACUUAGCUCAAUCUUAAGGUUAGAUUUUUUUUUUUAAUAGAGCUAAAAGGUAUUGUUUUAGACUGUCAUUUAUUUACAUAGCCUUUUGGCUGAAGCACGACCUCAUGUGAUAUUAAUAUUUCAAUUUUUUUUUCCAAAUAAAACAUGGGAAAAGCAUACAGAAUGUUGGCCAACUUAAUCUUAUGGUUUUGAAGGAAUAAUCAUAAUUUCUUUGAAAGAAGUUAUUAUUCCUCAUUGACUUUGAGUAAACUAUCUUCAUGUUUCCUCAUCUGUGUUACCGAUCACUUUUUGGUGGACUUUUUCCAAAAUAUUUAUACACACUGACUUACUUCUUGAUGUGAAUAACGUGGCUUAUACACACUGACUUACUUCUUGAUGUGAAUAACGUGGCUUUUAGAUACUAGCAAGUGAGAAAGCGUUGCUGUCCUAUGUUCAGUGAAUGAGUAGAUUCAGAAGCCAAGCAGGUGCUUUCUGAAAAGAAUAGUUGGUAUCUAAAAAUAUUGCAUAUCAUCUAGGCUGGAGGGAAGACAUUAUGAAUCUUUAAAAUAUGUAUAUUUUUGUUGUCUUCUUAUCUAUAUGCAGUGAAACCUGUGAGAAGCGGAACUCGGAGGGACUGCCUUGUUUUUCUGGGUCUUGGAAAUUUUCUGCCUUUGACAGGGUGCGGUCUUAUCACUUUUCUAUCGCUCCCUAUUAGUGGAAAAUAUUUGUUUUCCUUCUCUGACAGGUUUCCACCUUACACAGUUCCCAGCUUUCGCAAGUUUUACUUUGUACGUGGCAAAUUCCUUAGUUAUGAUUGUGGAACAUUCUGGAUCAUGAAAUUCUUGCUUCAGAAUUCAGACUUACUUGAAUUUUCAGUUCAAAUAUUAUUAGGACUAUUAUUCAGUAUUCAAAGAUUACAUAAAACCCUAUCCUUUACCAUUAAAAUUUUUUUUCUUCAUUAUCUGCUUAAAAAUUACUUUUCUUUCUCCAUAAAGAUACGAGGAUUUUAAACAAGUUUGUGUUCAUUGCAUUUAACUGGAUAGACAACUUUGCAAACCUCUGUUAGAUUUCCUUUAAUAGUUAAAACAUAGCUCUGUUUAAAAACAGCCUCUCUCAGGCUUGGUGCAUAUUGCUUCUGCGGUACAUCUGUGAUAACACGGGCAUAGAGCAUGGGAGUGGGAAGACAGUGAUUCUGAAGACUACAAUAACAAAACCAAGAAUCAUGACGUUCUUGCUCAGAGUGAGUGUGAGGACACCAUACCAUUAGGUUGACUGAAAUCUGAGUAAAUUUUUUAGUUGAAUAAUUCAUAACAGUUACCUGGCCUGUGUGCUGUGACUUAUCUGACCUGUGAACUGACUGUGAUCUGCUUGGUAGCUUGGUUUGGUGUAAAUGGCUGUUUACUGUUGAUGAAGAAAAUAAUAUUUAAGUGGAACUGUG